CACAGUCCGCGGGGACGGACGGGGGCGCCGCGGCGCGAGCACUCCGCGGCGCGCUCCCGCGACGCUUGUUAGUGCUCCGCAAAUCCACAGCGGGAUCGCCCGCACUACCGGGACUCUAUCCCAGUACGAUAACACAGAGCCGCCUAUCGGAUACUUACACAAAUUCAGUACUUACUUUACAUCAAUUGUUUCUUACUCUGUUUCUAUUUGCGAACAUUUUUCUAACUUUCUUAGCAAUUUUUUAAAUACCCUCCGUAGUCGGGUAAAAAUAAUAGUGCUUUUUUCAACAUUUUCCAUAAAGUUGUAUUUUUAUUGAGUGUUAUCCUGUAUAUUUUAGUAUGCAUCGGACAUUUACAUACUAACACAAAUAUUAUUGAACUUUAUCGUGCGGUACUAUGACCAAUCGAAUCGAAUAUAUUAUUUGAAUCGAUACGUGAUUAUUAAUUUGUUACACACAUUAAUAUAUCAUAGAUAUUACAAAAGUGCGAUAUUAUGAAGUUAUGAAAUCGAAUUUAGAAUCGUAAAUAAAAUUUGAACGUUCGUGAUUUUCCGCGGGUGUUCGCGCGCGCUCGGGCGCUCUCGGGCGUCCGACGUGGGUCGCGAUUCGGUCGGACGAGCUGAACGCGGCGGCGGGCGGGUACACGGGGUCUCCGUGGCCGCCGCUAGAACUCGACCCCGUGGGAUGGGGUCGCAAGCUGUACCCGUCUGGAGCGCCGAGGUCAUCAGGGGGUCUGAUGUUCGGCUUGCACCACCAAGAGGCCGCCGGAGUACACGCACAGCCUCGAGGUCCUGUCACCUCCUUGAAGGAAGAGCCGCUGACUCGAGCAUGGAUGACUCCUACCUCCUUAGUUGACAAUACCAAUACGGUGGGCGUUGGCCGCGCCCACUUCGAGAAGCAGCCGCCCAGCAACCUUCGCAAGAGCAACUUCUUCCACUUCGUGGUGGCGCUGUACGACCGCGCUGGCCAGCCGGUGGAGAUCGAGCGCACCGCCUUCAUUGGCUUCAUUGAGAAGGACCAGGAAGCAGAAGGUCAAAAAACAAACAACGGUAUUCAGUACAGACUUCAACUGCUCUACGCUAAUGGUAUCCGCCAGGAGCAGGAUAUUUUCGUCAGGCUAAUCGAUUCAGUCACCAAACAACCUAUCGUCUAUGAAGGACAAGACAAGAACCCGGAAAUGUGCAGAGUUUUACUUACGCACGAAGUUAUGUGCAGUCGAUGCUGUGACAAGAAGAGUUGUGGCAACAGAAAUGAAACACCUUCCGACCCUGUUAUUAUAGAUCGGUUUUUUCUCAAAUUCUUUUUGAAAUGCAACCAGAACUGUUUGAAGAACGCCGGCAACCCGAGAGAUAUGAGAAGGUUUCAAGUGGUGAUAUCGACGCAAGUGAUGGUGGACGGCCCCCUGCUGGCCAUAUCCGACAACAUGUUCGUCCACAACAACAGCAAGCAUGGCCGGCGCGCCAAACGCCUCGACCCCACUGAAGGUACUGACGCCGCGCCCGACACACAUUCGGGGCUCUACCCACCGUUGCCCGUGGCAACGCCAUGCAUCAAAGCAAUAUCUCCGAGCGAAGGCUGGACGUCAGGGGGCUCCACUGUAAUAAUAGUGGGGGACAACUUUUUCGAUGGACUCCAAGUCGUAUUCGGAACUAUGUUGGUAUGGAGUGAGCUGAUAACAUCUCACGCGAUAAGAGUGCAGACGCCGCCGCGCCACAUCCCCGGCGUGGUGGAGGUGACGCUGUCGUACAAGAGCAAGCAGUUCUGUAAGGGCGCGCCCGGGAGAUUUGUAUAUGUUUCAGCGCUGAACGAGCCCACGAUAGAUUACGGCUUCCAGCGGCUCCAGAAGCUCAUACCGCGGCAUCCGGGCGAUCCGGAAAAACUACCAAAGGAAAUAAUACUCAAACGCGCGGCAGAUCUGGCAGAAGCACUCUACUCGAUGCCCAGAAACAAUCAGCUAGGUCUGGGCGCGCCGCGGUCUCCGCCCGCCAGCAUGCCGUUCAACUCCUACACGGGGCAGUUGGCAGUCAGCGUGCAAGACACGGCCGCGUCGCAGUGGCCUGAAGAGGAGUACGCGCGCAGUGGCGGCUCGGUCUCCCCGCGGUACUGCUCGGCCGCGUCCACACCGCACGCGCCCGCCGCCUACCCGCCGCAGCACUACCCCGCGCCGCCUACCUCGCUAUUCAACACCACGUCACGAAUGGGCGGCCUCGUAUCGUCUCCCUUCAGUAUGAACCCCUUCUCGCUACCGACUUGCAGCGCGCAACAAUACGCACAUACAGCACCGCUUGCUUCCAAGUAACCCAUGUUACCUUCUGUACAAAGUUCCCGUGUUUGGUUCUAACAGUCCAUUUCAUAUUAGUCCGGUCAAAGUUGUUAUGUUGAAAGUACUUUGGGAAAAUACGGGAUCAAAAUGUAAUAACAUACACGAGUAAUACUCCUUUUAAACAAUAUGAUAAAUAUUUUCAUUACCAAUAGUUACCAAAAAGCUGAUAAUUUACAUAAACGUUAGGGACACUAUUAUAGAGAAAUUGUAAAAAGUCGCCACCGAUCAAUGCUAAAAAUUAUAUACCAAGUUCACAGAACUUUUGGACUUUUUAGCGACGCGAACUAAAAAAAUUUAAAAGUUUUUAGCAAAUAGUCCUUAUAAGUUUUUUGCCCGCGAUUUUCAUUUCUGAAUCAAAAAGCGGUUCUACAUUUCGAUAGACACUUAACACGAUUUCCUUAUAAUUGCGUGCCUAACAUUCAUGUUUUUAACUUUCCUGGGAAUUUAUGCAAGAGUAUCCUUAUUUUUCAGCCUAAGUUGACCGGAGUAUAAUAAAUGUGUACUCGUUAUAAUUAUUAUUUUAGUCGCAUAUUUUCCAAAGUAUGAUUAUCACUCGUAAUGGUUAUAGUGAAUACGACGGUGAAAAAUAACCAAAGAAGUGAAAUAAACAUUUAUUUGUCAAAGUUAAUUUAAUAGUAAGAGUUAGUUUCUUCAACUGUUUUUUCAACUGACGUUUUUUCAACUGACGUUUACUUGAAUAUUUUUUGAUUACUAAAAAAUUUGUACUGUAUAUUAUUGUAACUUAUUUUUUUUUUUAUUUAGUACAUAUUUGAAUAUCCGUUUAAAAUACUGGUGGCGGCAAAAAUCUGUAAUAUACCUACAUAAUAUUGUAAUAUACUUUGUAAAUAUUAGGAAUAUUUAUUGCUUCACACAUUUCAUAGGACGGUUGCUAGAUUCGAAUAGUAAUUCUAGAUUUUAUAAAAGCCUAAAUCUUAUGCUCAGGGCUGACGGUUUUGUAUAAAAGUAAUUCAAAUUCGUGUGUGUGUCCGUUUCGUUUUUUGUAAAAUCUGUGAUAUAUUUAUUGUAAGUAAUGUAAUGUAAAAAUAUAUAAUGGAUUUGUAAAUUUUUCGAUUCCUCGAUUUGACUCGAUAGACGUAAAGGUAAAGUGCGUAGUGUUAUUUGUAUAAAUCACAACGAAUGUAUAUUAUAAAAUCAAACUCGAAUAGCAAUCAUAUCUUGAAACAAUACAUAUCUUUUAUUUAUUUAUUUAUUUUAUAUAUAUACUUAAUAAAACUUACAGGCUAAAACCUAAUGUGUUUAUAUAAACGAUCUAUAAUUACUGCAUUAGUUGAACGUAUCUGCUAAAAGUUCUGUGAAAUUCAGCAGGCGAGGAUUUGACUAAGUGUGACUGUAACAUAAUUCUAUCUCAACGAAUUGGAAAAAAGAGAAAAUCUUUUAUAGAGCCAAAAUGUAUACGAAAACAGAAUCCCGGAACGUUUUCCUUGAAAAUCACACCGAAACUGUAUUUUGAGGAUUGCCUCUCUAAAUAUGGAAAUAAGUAGUUCGUAUUAUUUAAAGCGUUUGUAUAUCAGCUCCUGUGUUAUUCGUUUACACGAUGUCUUUCUAGUCCAGUUACAUUAUACAAUUGGACAUGAAAAUGAACCGAAAAAGCUGACUUUUGGGUAUGACGUGGUAUGACGCCUAGAAAAGCUUAAUUUUUCUCGACUAAGAUUUCCUAUGUGCAUUUUUCGCCAGCGUGGUGGACUAGGCCUAGACCCUUUAAUUCUGAGAGGAGACUCAUGCUCAUCAGAGAGGCAAAAAAAUGGGUUGUUGAUGAUUUUUCGCCAUCUUGAAAAAGGGUUAAAUUCAGUUUUUUUUUUACAUUUUCGAUCGAUAUCUCAAUAACAAUAAUAGGUGAAAAAUAUAGAGAACCUUAUUUAUAGAGUUUUUAAAGCGCAACAUUAAAGUAUUGAAUCAUUAUUUUCGUAUUAUAACGGAGUACCGAGUUAUUGCAAAAUCCAAAAUUCAGCUUUCUUGGUUCAUUUGCAUUUCUAAGCCGAUAUUUUCGACUUAAUGUCUGUACUCAGAUAAAAACGACCGAGCGUUUUGUACGUUUUACAUUGCAGUUUCAUUGAGUGAAACAAAACAAUCAUUUCGUAGCAUAUCUUCAAUGGAAAACCAUUUUAAGUUAAAUGAGUUCGGUGGUUUUCAUCUGUGAAAGCGACAGAAUAAGCGAAUACGGGCGUACUGUUUACUGUUUUCACAGCUAUUUGUAUAGAUGAAACAUGGCGUUGGUAAUUUUUACUCAAAUAUUGUACGAAAGCUGAUACGGUUACCAACUGUCAAAAAAGUGUAAAGAACGAAAGCCUGUGAUAGCCAGACAAACCUUAAUUUAACAGAGAGUCUUGAAAUAUUCUACCUUUUAAAGUCAUCUUGGUACAAACUCCAUAAUUGGGUAAUUGACUUUUGAACAUAUUGAUGUGGGGAAAAUUAUGAGUCAUUAGGGGGUCAUUAGAUUAAUAUUAACUAAUUAAUACAUAAAAUACUAAAAUUGUCGGUGUAUUUGAAAAUUAAAAAAAAUAAAUUACAUGAAAAUCUGUAAUUUUAGAUUUCUUCCAUUCAAUGUGACGUUUUUUAUUACGAGAAGUAUAAAAAUUAACGCACAAAUAACAAAGAUAACUGUAGUUAUGUUUCGCUCGUACAAAAUAACGAUUUUUUAUCGGUGUGACGUAAUGAAUUUACAAUAUUUAGUAAAGGGUGUUUUUAAACAAUCCACGACAACGCCGCAAAGACGGCCCUAUAUAUCCGAAAUUAUUCAUCGCAGAAAACUGUGGAUUCUACACAGACAGAAUGUUAAAAACGUCAAAUACGCAAUUGGCUAUCAUAUUACACAGUAGGAGUAAUGGGCUGACAAACAUCCAGGCUUCAUAAAGUAAGGUAGGUCUGGCCAUGGCAGAUUCUUAAUCCAAUAUACAAUACCGGACCUAAGACUUGUACAUUGUAAUCGUUUAAGAAACAAAAUAUCACGAAACACGAUAUUAAAAACUUACUUAAACAGUACAAA